AUGGCUUUCAGCAAGAGGAGUCACCAUGGCCUGGGCUUCCUUUGCUGCUUUGGAGGCAGUGACCUCCCAGAGAUCGACCUCCGGGACAGCCAUUCAUUGCAUUAUCUGGACUUUUCCGGUCCCAUCCCAAACCCAGAGGAACUCAAUGUCCGCUUUGCAGAGCUGGUGGAUGAAUUGGACCUCACAGACAAAAACCGAGAGGCUGUGUUUGCACUGCCACCCGAGAAGAAAUGGCAGAUCUACUGCAGCAAGAAGAAGGAGCAGGAGGACCCCAACAAGCUGGCAACCAGCUGGCCUGACUAUUACAUUGAACGUAUCAACUCCAUGGCUUCGAUGCAGAACCUGUAUGAAUUUGAUGAAAAGGAGACAGACACAAGGAACCAAGUUGUAGAAGACCUGAAGACAGCCCUCCGGACACAGCCCAUGAGGUUUGUGACCCGCUUCAUCGAGCUGGAAGGCUUGACCUGUCUGCUGAAUUUCCUCCGGAGCAUGGACCAUGCCACGUGUGAGAGCCGAAUCCACACCUCUCUCAUUGGCUGCAUCAAGGCUCUGAUGAACAACUCCCAGGGACGGGCACAUGUUCUGGCACAGCCCGAGGCCAUCAGUACCAUUGCACAGAGCCUGCGCACGGAGAACAGCAAGACUAAGGUGGCAGUACUGGAAAUCCUGGGUGCAGUGUGCCUUGUGCCCGGAGGCCACAAGAAGGUUCUCCAGGCCAUGCUACACUACCAGGUGUAUGCAGCCGAGCGCACUCGUUUCCAGACACUGCUGAAUGAGCUGGAUCGAAGUUUGGGUCGGUACCGGGAUGAGGUAAACCUAAAGACAGCCAUCAUGUCCUUCAUCAAUGCUGUCCUCAAUGCUGGGGCUGGAGAGGACAACCUCGAAUUCCGCCUACAUCUCCGGUAUGAGUUCCUGAUGCUGGGGAUCCAGCCAGUGAUAGAUAAACUCCGACAACAUGAGAAUGCCAUCCUGGACAAGCAUUUAGACUUCUUUGAGAUGGUCCGGAAUGAGGAUGACCUGGAGCUGGCCCGGAGGUUUGACAUGGUCCACAUCGACACGAAAAGUGCCUCCCAGAUGUUUGAGCUGAUCCACAAGAAGCUGAAGUACACGGAGGCCUACCCUUGCCUACUCUCUGUGCUGCAUCACUGCCUGCAGAUGCCAUACAAGCGGAAUGGUGGCUACUUCCAGCAGUGGCAGCUCCUGGAUAGAAUCCUUCAGCAGAUCGUUCUCCAGGAUGAGCGGGGCAUGGACCCUGACCUGGCCCCACUGGAAAACUUCAAUGUCAAGAACAUUGUCAACAUGCUCGUCAAUGAGAACGAAGUAAAGCAGUGGCGGGACCAAGCAGAGAAGUUCCGGAAGGAACACAUGGAGCUCGUGAGCCGGCUGGAGAGAAAGGAGCGAGAAUGUGAGACAAAGACGCUGGAGAAGGAAGAGAUGAUGAGGACCCUGAACAAGAUGAAGGACAAGCUGGCCAAGGAGUCCCAGGAGCUGCGCCAAGCUAGAGGACAAGUGGCAGAACUGGUAGCCCAACUCAAUGAACUCUCAGUACGCGUACUCGGGCAUCACCCCUCCCACUUAUGUAGUUCAGCCAGCACCCUGAGUUUCAGUGAAAAGCCUGCACCAUUGGAUGCAUGCAUCCAGAUGUUUUACUUUGAUGGUUGCGACUCUGGUUGCCUAUGCACCCCCCAGCCUUCACACCCGCUGAAGUCCUUCAACUGGGUCAAGCUGAAUGAGGAGCGUGUCUCUGGUACCGUGUGGAAUGAGAUUGAUGACAUGCAGGUUUUUCGGAUUUUGGACCUGGAAGAUUUUGAAAAAAUGUUCUCAGCAUAUCAGAGGCACCAGGGUGGCAUGCAGGAGGGUCCCCAGAGAGAGAGAGGCAAUGUGAGAGAUCGGGGGACUGCAAGCAGACUUCUGCCAGCCUUGGAGGCGAAUGUCCACAGAAUGGAGAACACUUCUAGGUCUAUUGUGUCACCUACCAGUCCCAAGAAAGAACUUGGCUCCACGGAGGACAUCUACCUGACUUCCCGAAAAGUCAAAGAGCUGUCAGUCAUAGAUGGCCGGAGGGCCCAGAACUGUAUCAUUCUUCUCUCCAAGUUGAAGCUUUCAAAUGAGGAGAUACGACAGGCCAUCCUGAGGAUGGAUGAACAAGAAGACCUCGCUAAAGACAUGCUGGAGCAGCUCCUCAAGUUCAUCCCUGAGAAGAGCGACAUUGACCUCCUGGAGGAGCACAAGCAUGAGAUUGAGAGGAUGGCGCGUGCAGACCGCUUCCUUUAUGAAAUGAGCCGGAUUGACCACUACCAGCAGCGACUACAGGCCCUUUUCUUCAAGAAGAAGUUCCAGGAACGGCUGGCAGAGACCAAGCCCAAAGUAGAAGCCAUCCUGCUGGCCUCCAGGGAGCUAACCCUCAGCAAGCGUCUGAAGCAGAUGCUGGAAGUGGUCUUAGCCAUCGGUAACUUCAUGAACAAGGGGCAGCGUGGGGGCGCCUACGGGUUCCGGGUAGCCAGUCUCAACAAGAUUGCUGACACAAAGUCCAGCAUUGACAGGAACAUCUCUCUGCUUCAUUACCUGAUCAUGAUCCUGGAGAAGCAUUUCCCCGACAUCCUGAACAUGCCCUCGGAGCUGCGGCACCUAUCAGAAGCCGCCAAAGUCAACUUGGCAGAGCUGGAGAAGGAGAUUGGCACUCUCAGGAGGGGCCUCCGAGCCGUGGAGAUGGAGUUGGAAUAUCAAAGCUGCCAGGCACGGGACCCCAAUGACAAGUUUGUCCCUGUCAUGAGUGACUUCAUCACAGUGUCCAGCUUCAGUUUUGCAGAGCUGGAGGACCAGCUCAAUGAGGCCAGAGAUAAGUUUUCCAAGGCACUGACGCACUUCGGGGAGCAGGAAAGUAAGAUGCAGCCAGAUGAGUUCUUUGGCAUCUUCGAUACCUUCUUGCAGGCCUUCUUAGAGGCCCGGCAGGACCUGGAGGCCAUGAGGAGGAGGAAGGAAGACGAUGAACGGAGGGCACGCAUGGAAUCGAUGCUGAAGGAGCAGCGUGAGAAAGAAAGAUGGCAGAGGCAGCGGAAGGUCCUGACGGGCAGCACCCUGGAGGAGAGUGGCGAGUUUGAUGACCUGGUGUCAGCCUUGCGCUCUGGAGAAGUUUUUGACAAGGACUUAAGCAAGUUCAAGCGCAGCCGCAAGCGAGCAGGGACUCAGACCCCAGAGGUCACCCGUGAGCGGGUGAUGAACAGGCUAAAUUAUUGA